CGUCGCCAUAGUAUUUUGUUGCAUGUACGCAUCUGUUCCGUAUGUUUUUUUGUUUUUUUUCCUCAAGAGGUGCCGUUACAAAGGCCUGACUUAUGAGAAAUUGCAAGUCACCCCUGACAUCAAGAUCAGGAUCAAAUCGGUCUCACAACAAGCUGUGACAGUGACAGUGAAAUCGCGGCCCAUAACGACAACAGCGACAACAGUGACAGUGACAGUAUCAAGUGGUAAUGUUACACACGGAUAAGAGAACAGAUAAUACGGAGUCAAGAUGUUGAAGGCAUUUUGCAUCGCCAGCAAGCGGGGGGAGGUUCUCUUCACGACAAUCUUUGCUGCAAACCUGACCAAGGCCGUCUUCCAUCCUUUCUUGUCCGAGCUAUCAUCAUCUCCUCACGGAGAUCCACCACCUGCUUUUGCAAAAGAUGGAGAACACUACGUAUAUGUGUUCCGGGAUGACAUGUACUGGGUGGGCGUGGUCAGCCCUGGCAGCCUGACGCACCAGUGUGGGCCGCUGCUGGUGACGGAGAGUCUGGGUCAGCUGCACAGGGUCUGCUCUAGCCUGUGUGGUGUCCUAACACAGCACAGCAUAACAGCCAAUACAACACUCAUUGCUGAAAUUGUGCAGGAAAGCAUGAAUGGUGGCUUUCUGCAACUCCAGACACCAGACAAACUCCAGUCACACAUAUACAGCAGUGUUGUGGCUGCCAAGGAGAGCUCAGCCAUCAUAUCAACUCCAGGACUUUUUGGUCUGGAAAGGUCUGCACCUGGCACUGCUGCCCAGAAAUCUUCACUAAUAAUUGACUCAGGGAAACGAGAGCUUUAUGUGGACAUUGUGGAAAAGGUGUGGGCAUCAGUGUCAUCUGAAGGGACAGUCAUCAGGGCUGAGGUCACUGGUUCCAUACAGGUGCGAUGCUUCCUCCCUGGCAACCCAACCCUCAGCCUGUCCCUCAACACCCCACUCAACACAGUGCUACAGGAAGGGUUUUCCACAGGCACAAGAAUGUCCGAGGUGGAGUUUGGGUCAGGGGUGAAUGUGAGCACAGGCGAUGGUGGGCGCAAGGUGAGUGUGAUGACGGUGCCGGGCCAGGAGCUGACGAUAGCACGCUACACCUUGGCCCCAGACCACCCCCACCUCCUGCCUUUCAGCCUCACUGGCUCCACAACAGCCCUUACUCCUAGUGAUGCCGAACUGAAGCUGAAACUGGUCAGUAACACAGGGAUGGAGACAGUCUCUCCUCAUGUGACCUUCCAAGUGGCUGCUCCACCUACAACAGCAGCUAUCAUGUCCAGAACCUCUGGACCUCGAGAUCAGACUAUCACCUUCUCUCCUGACAACAAGACCAUCACCUGGACCAUCUCACAGUUUCCUGGUGGCAGCUAUGCUCAGGCAUUUAUUCGUUUAGUGGACUCAGGAGGGAAUGCAUCAGUUGAGUCUGGCGAGCUGGAUUUUGAGGUGUCACGGUGGGUGUGUUCAGGACUGAGGGUGGAGCACGUCAAGCUCAGUCCCCAAACCGAGGGUCUCAACAAAUGGGUGCGCUACCUCACCACUUCAGACAGUGUGAGUGUACGCUUAACAUGAGACGGCAAAGUGUGCAUGUGUGUGUGCGUGUGUGUGUGUGUGUGUGUGCGCGCACAAGUAUACAAGUGUGUACAUAUAAGUUUCUUUAUGAGACAUUUCGUGUUGUUGCCAGGUCCCUCAAGGGCUCAUAUGGUAAUGAUUUGUGUCAAAACAGAUAUAUAAUAUAAUUUAUAAACCUUUGUGUCCUCUUGUUUAAAUAAAAGUCUGACACAAG